AUGCAGUCAGCGAGUGCUGUCAAAAAAGUAAACUAAAAGUGUGGUUGUAAUUUUUCUCCUUUAAGCAAAAAGCAUUGUUUUUUCAUCUUCUCAUUCAUAUAUCUUUAUAUAUUAAUUUCCAAGACAGAAUGGCGACGACGACCAAGCCACGCUCAGAAAUGACUUUGGAGGAGUUAUCUAAAAUUGAGGAAGAAGAAUUUAGUACCGGCCCACUUUCAGUACUCACACAGUCUGUUAAGAAUAACACACAAGUAUUAAUAAACUGUCGUAAUAAUAAGAAACUUUUGGGACGCGUGAAAGCUUUCGACCGGCACUGUAACAUGGUCUUAGAAAACGUAAAAGAAAUGUGGACCGAAGUACCUCGGACUGGUAAAGGAAAAAAGGGCAAAGCCGUAAACAAGGAUAAGUUCAUCUCGAAAAUGUUCCUCCGAGGUGAUUCUGUCAUCUUAGUGUUAAGAAAUCCCCUUGCAACUGCAGCAGGAAAGUGAUUAAAAAUGUGUUUCAAACUUUUUGUGGUAAAAUUGUAUGAAGUACCAAUGAAAACUUUAACCGCAUAGGUCAAAAACUAGUUUUUAAGUUUUUCUGAAUAAAUGUGCACCAAAAA